AUGAAGUUUUAUACACGUGGCGCCAACCGUUCGGAUUUGUCAGAAAAUAACUUGUUACAGGGUCGUUUACCGGGAAGAAUCGUCGUAGGAUUGGUGGAGUCCAACGCUUUCAACGGAACGCAGGACAAGAACCCGUUCAACUUUCAACACUUCAAUGUGUCGAGUAUUACGUUGCGACAAAACCGAACGCCAGUACCGUUUGAAACGAUCAAACUCGAUUACGGCAACGAUCAGUUCCUACCCGGUUACUUCACGGUAUUACACGGAACUAACGUUUGGGGAACUGACCAGGGAAUAGGUAUAAACGCGAACGAGGAUUAUCCGAAAGGAUACGCUCUCUACGUCUUCAACCUGUUAGCAGAUGAUUCAAACGGUUCCAAUUUCAACUUGGUACGUGAAGGAAACAUAAGUCUUGACAUUCGUUUGAAAGAACCAGCCGAUAAGAGUAUAACUAUUGUAGUUUAUAUGGAAUUCGACGCUAUUGUGGAAAUUGACAACAAUCGCACAGUCACCUUCAAUGAAUAA